ACAGAAAUUGAUUGAGAAAAUGUGUAUGAUCUCUUAUUCUCCUAACUGCCUUAUAAGGAAAUUGGCAAGUCGUUUUUUUCGGAAACAUCCAAUGAAAUACAUAUUAUAAAUCCACUCUGCAUGAAAAUCAUGAGUUUCUAGAGACCAUGCUUGUUACUAUCCCUAUAUAAACCCAUACCCAGUAGUUUCCCCCCAAAAUUGAGUUCUUUACACACUACAAGUAGCAGGCAUGGCAGAGAGAGAGAGAAAAAUUGCUGGAAACUUCAGAGCUUCGCAGAGUAAUAUCCUUGACUUCACCUUUAGCGACUUAGAGAAUCCAUGGAACUUCUUCAGGCUGUUUAUGCGUGAGGAGGCUCAAGUCAAUGAAUGGUGCAGAAAAAAUGGCCUCCUUGUUACCCAGCUACCUUGUACUUCAAAGAAAAAAAAUGGCAGCAGGAGCUCUGAAGGGGAGAAAUGUAAUGGAAACAUGGUAUUGAGAGAGUCAGCAGCCCGCACUGGAGGGGAGAUUUUGCGCUGUACUAAGAACCGGAAUCAUCAAAAGGCAAUGAGGGUGAAUUCUUUCUUUGAGGGCUCAACGCUGACCAUCCCAGAUUGCAUGCUUUUUAUUAAAAGUUAUUUGGACAAGCUGACCUUGCUGCAAUGCUCCAGAUUUGUAGGCAUAGCAUAUGGUACAACAGCUGUAAACUGGGGUUCCUUCGUGAGAGAAGUCUUCAAGGAACAUUUCUACAGAAAUACGAGGUUCAAGAAGCUGUCAGGCACGGUCGAAAUUGAUGAAUCCCUCUUUGGUAAAAGAACCAAGUAUCAUAGAGGAAAUCCACAUGGGGGAAUGAAGGUCUGGAUUUUUGGGAUGGUUGAGCGUGAGUCUAACACCAUCAUCAUCUACCCGGUAGCAGAUCGUACAGCAGGUACUUUAAUACCUCUCAUCCAAAGACAUGUUGAACCUGGUACUACCAUUUACAGUGAUGGGUGGACCGCCUACUGUGACCUAAAUGACCUUGGGUACCGCCACUUUACAGUCCUCCAUAAAUACUCCUUCAAAAAAGUUUACAGGAAUGUCACAACUGGGGUGGAGGAGGUUGUCUGCACAAAUCAGAUAGAGGGAGCCUGGAAGCAUGCCAAGGAGCAUUUUCGGCGCAUGUCUGGGACCAAGGUUCGACAAUUUGAGGGGCACUUGGCUGAGAUCAUGUGGAGAUCAGAAAAGAAAGGGAACCUGUAUGGUGGAUUUUUCGAGACAAUGAAGACCAUCUUCACCCUGGAAUCUGCCCCUGACUACCAGUACACCACUCCUCUGUUUGAUUCUUGGACCAUGGACGCGGACUCAACUGUCGCUCCAGUUAAUACUGAUGCUGAAAUCUCUACAAGUGAGGCUGAAAGUGACGACACAGAGAUUCCACCAAAUCGUUUCCGGGAAACACCCCUGUCUUCCAUCAAGAGUACAACAACUGAUGAAAUUGCCCAUGAUAUCAUUGGUUCAGACACAUCACCUCUAUCAAGUGCCGCCUCCACUAGAGUCCUCAGAGCAGCAUCUCGUGGUACAUCUGUAAAUCCGCCAAUCGUCAUCUCUUCUUCUUCAGCUGAUGAGGCAGACAAGACUCUGACCGAACCUGGACCAUCAACCUCUGGACCAUCCACAUCUGGACCGUCAAAAGCCAAAUCAAAAGUUUCUCUUAAAAAAAAGAGAGGUGGAAGUCCUAAGUCCAAAGUGACAUCUAAAAAAGAGAAGAUCUGUGCUCCUGUGGGGUUUGAACCUGUGAACAUUGUCCCAGAGCCUUCUAAGAAAGAGAAAAGAAAAUCAAACCCCUAUUCAAAGUCUGCCUUUGUUUGGGCAUCUGAUGAUGACGAUUUCAUGUAA